AUGGAUUCAGUGGCGGCUAGCAGAGCACCACCUUCUCAGGGAGGAAUCAACGCGGUCCGAGCAGCAAUAAUGGUGGUGCUGGUGGCUGUCUUUACUGGGUAUCUCCUCAUUUGGGUCAUGACACCAACGAAUGUUUAUAGGCAGACGUGGUUGCCAAACAUUCGAGCUCGAACUAACACAACUUACUUUGGAACACAAGGUGCAACAAUUCUGAUCUACACAUUCCCAGUUCUGUUCAUUGCUGCCUUGGGCUGUGUUUAUCUCCAUUUGGGAAAGAAAUUAAGUGACAACAACAUGGAAAGCAACACCGAAAAACGUCGACUGGCCAUAUGGAAGAGGCCGGUGAUCAUCAAAGGCUUGGGGAUAGUUUCUCGGAUUGAGCUAGCCUUUUUUGUCAUGUUCAUUGCACUCUUGGUUUGGUCCUUCUCGACGUACUUGCAUAUCAGUUUUGCUAAUAUCACCCCAGAAUCAGCAGCAGAGAGUGGCGAGAAAGUAUGGGAAGCUAAGUUGGAUAGUGCAGCUCUAAGGCUAGGGCUUGUGGGCAACAUAUGCCUAGGGUUUCUCUUCUUUCCGGUGACCCGCGCCUCAUCGGUGCUGCCACUGUUUGGUCUUACCUCGGAGGGCAGUGUCAAGUACCAUAUAUGGCUUGGACACAUUGUAAUGACCCUCUUCACGGCUCAUGGAGUCUGCUACUUCAUCCUCUGGGCUGCCACACAUCAAUUAUCAGAGGUAUAA